ACAUCAAAUUGCGAGGAAAAGCUCAAGUUCAGUCGUGAGGCGAAAGCUAACUCGUGUGGUUGACUCUUCGGGAGCUUUACAUACAUACCUCCCAAGCCAGAGCCAAAAAUCACGUAAGGUAGUCACUGAAGUGUCGCGUAUGCGGGUGGAUCAUAACUUACCACAUCAUUAAUCACGGAUAAAGUUCUUGUCUUGUUCCUCAUUAUUUUUUUAAAGUGAUAAAAGUGUGACACAGCAAAGUGUUUGACUAAAAUAAAAUAUAUUAAAGAAAAUUCACUACCUCACUCAUUCCCAUACCGCCAAAGCUAAGGUGCUGUAGGUGAAAAAAAAAAUACGCUGUGCUGGAGAAUGGAGCCAUAGGAAGAUACACCAAGUUGACAAUAAUCUCAUUGAGACGUUGAGUACAAUUGAUUUUGAGUGUUUAAGGAGCAAGAUAAUCAAGUGAAACCACAAAUCAGGCAUCAUGUAUGGGUUGCUGUUGGAGAAUUUAGCAGAGUAUGUGAAGACCGUUUAUGGGGAGGAUCGAUGGGAGGAGAUAAGGAAGGCAGCUGGUUUGGACUCACCCUCCUUCUCUGUCCACCAAGUCUACCCGGAAACGCUUCUCAAUAAAUUGGCCAAGAAGUCUCUGCAGAUUUUGGGUGUUACGGAGAAGGAGUUUAUGGACCAAAUGGGGGUGUACUUUGUGAAUUUCGUCAGCCAGUAUGGAUAUGAUAGAGUUUUGAGUGUACUCGGGAGGCACAUGAGGGAUUUUCUCAAUGGCUUAGAUAAUCUCCAUGAAUACCUCAAAUUCUCCUACCCACGGAUGCGAGCACCGUCAUUUAUCUGUGAGAAUGAGACGCGUCAGGGACUCACAUUGCACUACCGCUCCAAGAGACGAGGAUUCGUCUACUACACCAUGGGGCUCAUACGAGAAGUGGCUCGACAUUUCUACCACAAAGAGAUGCACAUCGAACUUGUACGGGAGGAGAUCCUCUUUGAUACGGUCCAUGUCACAUUUCAGCUCACAUUCGACAAUCGAGCCUUCACACUCGCCUCCCUGGCCAUGACGAGGGAGGAGAAGCAUCUGCCCAUAAGUGCUUCAGUUCUCUUCGAAAUAUUCCCAUUCUGCAUUGUAUUCGGGUCCGACAUGGUGGUGCGAAGCAUCGGAAAUUCCCUCAUGGUGAUACUACCUGAUAUAGUUGGAAAAAAAAUCACAAAUUUAUUCGAUUUAGUACGUCCCCUUAUUGCAUUUAAAUUUCAAACGAUCUUAAAUCGCACCAACAACAUCUUUGAAUUGGUCACUGUGGAAUCCUUAAUGGAUAGACCUGCCCUCCUUGACGAGAAGGACAACCUCAGCAAUGACGAGGAAAUGGAGAAUGAGAAGAACUUGCGUCUCAAGGGACAAAUGAUUUACAUGGAAAAUUGGAGAAUGAUAAUGUUUCUCGGAACACCUGUAAUGCCCGAUUUAACGUCUCUCAUCAACACUGGACUCUACAUCAAUGAUCUCAGUAUGCAUGACUUCAGCAGGGAUCUAAUGCUGGCUGGUACCCAGCAGUCUGUUGAGUUGAAAUUGGCCUUGGAUCAGGAGCAGCAGAAAUCGAAAAAGCUCGAGGAAUCCAUGCGAAAGUUAGAUGAGGAGAUGAGGCGAACUGAUGAGCUCCUGUAUCAGAUGAUACCGAAGCAAGUGGCAGAUAGAUUGCGUCGGGGUGAGAGUCCCAUUGACACGUGUGAAAUGUUCGACUGUGUCUCCGUCCUCUUCUCCGAUGUCGUCACAUUCACAGAGAUCUGCAGCCGUAUAACACCCAUGGAGGUCGUCUCGAUGCUCAAUGCCAUGUACUCCAUCUUCGAUACACUCACAGAGCGGAACGGCGUUUACAAGGUGGAGACCAUUGGGGAUGCUUACAUGGUUGUUUCAGGUGCACCCGAGAAGGAGCCAAAUCAUGCGGAAAAAGUCUGUGACAUGGCACUAGAUAUGGUGGAUGCAAUUCAGGAUCUCAAGGACCCCUCGACAGGGUCUCAUCUAAAGAUUCGCGUUGGUGUUCAUUCAGGAGCUGUUGUGGCAGGAAUUGUGGGACUUAAGAUGCCACGAUACUGCCUCUUUGGUGAUUCAGUGAAUACCGCCUCCCGCAUGGAAUCCACAAGUUUAGCCAUGAAAAUUCACAUAUCGGAAUCAACAAAGUCCUUCCUUGGACCAAAUUACAAAAUCACAGAGCGUGGAGAGCUCGAUGUUAAGGGGAAAGGAAAUAUGAAAACAUACUGGUUGGAGGAACGAGAACACAGGAAACCACUGACGCCAAAUAUGCAGGGACACGACCUUAUGAUGGCACUCUCAGCACCACAUUCCCUCGUCACAACCCCACGGCGUCCAUCGACGUACGACCGCCGAGUAAGCAUUCCGCUGUCGCCACAAAAAGAACCUAAAUCACCUACGGGCCCAACGCCAGAAGACAGAAGGGUGUACUCCCCAAUAACAUUCGUUGAUGUGGCCAAAAGUAUUGCUGGAUCGCCUGUACGGAGUAUCCUCAGUGGCAGAGCAAGAGAAUCACGCUCAAAUUCAACGGGCCAUGUAUUUAUGCGUAGUCCUAGCGACAUGUUCGGUUCCCUAAUCAGCGAUACCGAAGACUUCUUUGAAGACCUACAAACCCACCGAGCACAGACUCCUCCAUCGCCCCGGAGUCUCUACCACCAGCGUCUGUCGGCGUCAAAGAUUAAGCCACGACGUCCAACGUCGAGUCUUUCAGCCGAUGAUGAGCAAACCAGUGGGCAGAGCACUGCACUCUCAACACCUGCCAUUGCAGAAGAGACGGCGGAAAAGAAGAAUGCAGUGACAAAGGACAUGUCAGUGAACACAGGCAAGGGUGCAACAAAUCUCACACAGACAAAAACACUCGAACAAUUAGAUAAGAUGAUGGAGGAUUUCCUGGAUUCGGAUCUACCGGGGCUAUGUCCAUUGAGCUUUGCGCCACCCCCAAAUUCACGGUCAGAUGGGAAUUUGUGUACAACAAAAUCCCGCUCACACCACAAUCGUGUACCCAACAGUCAGAGCUUCAGUUUGCACAACAAGGAGCAUCAGUGUUGCUCUGGAUUUGGUCAUCAUCAGAAUGGUCGGCAUCGGAUACAUUCCAAUGCCUGCAGUAUUAUUUAAUGAACAACAUUACAAUGGUGAGAGAGCAUUGUGGAAGACACUGCCUUAGGGACUCUGACCAUUCUAAUCACCUCCACCGCAAUACGUUACAUGGUGUGUUUUCCUCAAAUCACAAAAUCACGCCCAUUUGGAGCAAUGUUUGACUCUCAUCACCAAUGCACUCAAUCACACGCAACACUGAUGACAAUAACUUAAUUACUGUGAGACCCCUAUAUAUGUAUGUACCUACAAUUCAAUCCCAUAUAUCAAUCCCUUGACCUUUGGAACGGAUAAAAUGCGUAGAAUUCGAAACAAUCGAAUUUUCGCAUUUCUGCACACGAAAAGCCCAAAUUGGCGUGGGAUGAAAUGGGAAAAAUGGCACAAUGAAUUCCUAAUCAGAGAAGGAAUUUCUUCUGGUCAACCAACCAUGAAAAAAUACCCCCAAAAAAUCAUUCCUUGCGUCACUUGGGGAAAAACAACAAGAAAGAACAAAUCCCAAUUGAAUUUUAAUUAGUAAUCCAAAUUGCAAAAAUAGAAAAAGAAUUCGAAUUGAGAAGAAAAGAGAGCAAGAUUCUUAGAAAGACGACAGUCAAAAAAAAAAGGUAUGAAAGUGAAAUGAAUUUAAAAUCAGAAAUUCUCUCGACCUAAAACCCCUUGAGAAUGAAAAGUAAAUUAUGGAAAAGAAAAAAAACUGGAUAAAAUGUCGAA